GCUUUCAAGUGAGAGAUUAUCACGUUUCUGUUUCCACAAAGGCCAAAAGGAAAGCAUAAUCAAGUAUUUCAAAUGAGAGAUAAUUACAUUCCUUUUGACCUGGGAACAGAAAAGCAAAAUCAAAACUGGUUUCACCACAUUGUGGGAUUGUUGUGGGUGCUUCACAAAUUGGUGAAAUGGUGGGCGUCGGUGUGAACAACUAAACUAGGGAACUGAGGUGGAUAAAUAGCUCACUCACAGCUUCAAGAUUUUCAUGGUGAACAACGGUAAGCCAAGAAGUGAAGAUGCCAAAAGUCUACAGCGCUCAGCAGGCUUUGGACAUGAUCCUGGAUCAUGUCAACCCUUGCGACUCAGAUGGAGAUGAUGUCGUCCUUCAGAUGAGCUCAGAUUCUGAAGUUUCUUCUGAUGAGGAGACUUCACUGCCCCCAGUAAAGAGAGGUCGAGUGGAGACCCACACUGGGCCAGUGGAGAAGGCAAAGGACGGCACAGUAUGGUGUGAAGAACAGGUGGGGAGGCCUUUCAAUCAAAGCCCAGUAAAACCAUAUGCUACAGACGGAGAGCCGACAGCUUUGGUCAGAAGAACGGUGUCCAGUCGCCUACAGAGCUUCCUCUGCUUCAUCACUCUUGACAUGCUUCGAACUGUUCAGGAGUGGACUGUUCAGCAUGGACGUCGGACAUCCAACUGUAUCUCAUCCUACAACCCAGGCAGGCACAUCACCAUUGAUGAACAACUUUUUCUGUCAAAGACUCGCUGCUGUUUCUUGCAAUACAUUGCAACAAAACCGGACAAGUUUGGUAUCAAGUUCUGGGUGGCAUGUGACCUGAAAUCUAAGUAUGUGUGCAAUGUCAUCCCAUAUCUUGGAAAAGACCCCAGUUGUCCUUCUGGAGAGUGACUUUCUGAAAAUGUGGUGAUGAAGCUGAUGGAACCGUUUAUGGACAAAGGAAGAACUGUGACCACAGACAACUUCUUCACAUCACUAUCACUGGCGCAACGACUGCUCAACCGGAAGACCACUCUCCUUGGCACAGUCAAUAAGAUUCGACGGGAGCUUCCAGGUUCAGCAAAACAAGCUAUGAACCGCCAAGAAUUCAGUACUCAGGUGUUUUCAACCUCUGGUGUCACACUGACUGUCUAUGCGCCUAAACGGAGAAAGACCGUCUGCAUCCUCAGCAGCAUGCACAGCGUGGUUGAGACUGAAGACACACGAAAGAAGAAGCCAAACACAGUCACCGACUACAACAGCAUGAAGUGUGGUGUCGAUGUGAUGUGUGACCAGAUGGUGCGAGAGUACAGUGUCCGCUCAGGAACACGGCGAUGGCCAGUCGCUGUGUUCUACAACAUGAUAGACAUGGCAGCAUUGAAUGCCUAUGUGCUUUAUCAGGCGUGCACUGGGGUGCAGGAGAGGCGGGUGGACUUCCUGGUGGAGCUUGCCAGUGAGCUUGCUCAGUCACAUUU